GCUUCGGCAUGUGAAUGGAUGCGUAAUGGAGCCGACCAACAUCUCGCCGGUGGCAUCAUAGGAAAAAAAAAUCACUCAAAAGAUAUUCAUCUCAGGUACCAUAAUACAUGACGUUUCGCUUCUGAGGAAAGGGUCACUGCCUCACCACGUGAAUGUCUCUCAUCUCAUCCCAACCCAGUUGCAGAUAUUUUUUCGCUUUUUUUUUUUUUUUUUUUAGGAAAUCACAGUAAUUGUCCCGCUCAGUUUUGACUGUGUUAGGCAGUUUUGGGAUUAUCGUUUUGCAAAGACUCGCCGGUUUUACAAAAAAAAGGAUAGUCGUUUGCUUACUCAUCACCCAACGACCAGAGGCUACAUAAUGGGAGUCGGCGCCGAGAACAUAGCAUCGAAUGCAAAGAUUCACCACGAGGGAUACUGUGACGGUAAAGAAAUGAAACCUUUUCCCAGUUCACACCUCCAUUCAGAUGCAACGGUGCCCGAAGUAACGACAGAAGGAAAGGUGGCGAGACCCACAUGGAGUCGGCGCCUUGAGUUCAUCCUCGCAUCCGUCGGAUACGCGGUGGGGCUUGGCAACGUCUGGCGGUUCCCGUACCUGUGCUACAGGAGCGGUGGAGGUGCCUUUCUGAUUCCUUACCUUACAAUGCUGUUCCUGUGUGGCAUCCCUCUGCUCUUCAUGGAGUUUGCUAUUGGGCAGUAUACCCGCUUGGGGCCAGUCCAUGCUCUGGCCAAAAUCUGCCCCUUGUUUAAAGGUGUUGGCCUGGCCACAGUCACCAUUUCCUUUGUGCUCUGCACUUACUAUAACGUGCUAAUGAGCUGGGCACUAUACUACUUCUUCAACUCCUUUGGAGCACCUCUCCCCUGGCAGUCCUGCAACAACACCUGGAACAUUAUUGUCAACUGUUCCAGUGGAUUACCUGGAAAUGCCUCCAACCUGCAGUCAGCCAGCCAGCAGUUCUUUGAUCACAGACUUCUGGAGAAAACUGGGGGCAUCGAGGAACCUAGUGGCCUUCGCUUGGAACUCUUUGGCCUUCUCCUCAUAGCCUGGGCCAUUGUGUAUUUGUGCAUAUUUAAAGGUGUCAUAUCUACUGGCAAGGUCGUGUAUUUCACAGCCAUAUUCCCCUACAUCAUUCUGUUUGCCCUGCUUAUCAAUACUGUGCAGCUGCCUGGAGCCAGGCGUGGCAUCCUCUACUUCCUGACACCUGUCUGGAGUAAACUGUUUGAAGUUAAGGUAUGGGUUAAUGCUGCUGCACAGGUGUUCAAUUCCAUUGGAAUAGGAUUUGGCACCAUGAUCUCAAUGGCAAGUUACAAUAAAUUCAACAACAACAUCCUCAGAGACACUUGGAUUGUAUCCUUAACUAACUCGGCAACUAGUAUCCUUGCUGGCUUUGUGAUCUUCUCAGCUAUUGGUUAUAUGGCUCAUAUCCAUAACCUCCCUGUGGACAACAUAGCAACAGAUGGCCCUGGUUUGGUGUUUGUUGUGUACCCUGAAAUCUUCUCCACCAUGCCUUUAUCUCAGCUGUGGGCCCCCCUUUUCUUCCUCAUGCUUCUCUGUCUGGGAUUGGACAGCCAGUUUGCCAUGGCUGAGGUGGCUGUCACAUUCAUUAUGGAUGGCUUUGGCCCUGUGGUUCUACGUUUCCUCAAGAGACAAGAGCUGCUGGUCCUGGCUGUUUGCACAGUUGCCUUUCUCCUUGGGAUUCCACAUAUUACUAAGGGGGGGAUCUAUGUGUUCCAGCUAAUGGAUCACUACACUGCGGUGGUCUCUCUCAUGUUCCUGGCUUUCUUUGAAGUCCUAGCUGUCUGCUGGAUUUUUGGAGUACGUCGUAUCUCGGUUAUGAUACUGAAGAUGCUGGGAAAACCACCCAACCUAUUCUUUCGCCUCUGCUGGCUUGUGUUCACCCCCCUGCUCGUGCUGUCCAUACUGGUCUCCAGUAUCGUCCAGUACACUCCAGUUAGCUAUGGGAAUUAUACGUACCCAGUGUGGGCUGACUUUGUUGGCUGGGGUAUCUCUCUGGUCUCCGUUGUGUGGAUCCCCCUAGGAGCCAUUCAAGAAAUCUGUAGCAACAAAGGCUCAUUUCUUCAGAGACUCCAAACUGCACUGAUUCCCAAAAUAAAAUUUGAUGCCAAGGAUCAUCUGCCAGAGGAACAGAAAACCAAUUACCCAGAGUCUCAAGCUUUGUUUACCUCACCGGCAUGAUGAGGAACAUGACCAUGUAUGUUUGUAUGUAUGGAAAGUUGCAAUAUAAACUCCAAAUGAUGUUACAGGCGAUAUACAUCUAGCAUGAUAUGCAGUAAAGAGAGCACUGUUCAAUCAUGUAUAUAGUUUUAUUAUUUACAUUAAAAUGUUGUAGGACUCAAGGUGCCACCAUAAACAAUAGAAAUUUGUACUGUUUGUCCCCUUUGACAUAACUUGCUUAACAAAGCUACAUGGAGUUACAAAAAUGUGUCUUGACAACUUGACAGCUAUGAACCAAGAUAAACUUAUAAUCUGCAUUUACUACAAUCCUUCACUGCGUACAAGGAAUUACAGUACAAGAAAUGUGAUAUGUCUCUUCAGGUUGAGCCUUGUAUGAUUAUUUUCUUGAGAUUUUUAGUUGUCCCUUUGAUCCACUGCCACUAAACUGAAUUGGACUAAUAAGGGCAGAUAAUAAGAUCCACUGCCAAUAAGCUGAAUUGGACUAAUAAGGGCAGAUAAUAAGUCUAAAUCGACUCAUCUGGGUGGAAAUUUCCAUUCUGGUAAUUUUCUGAAUUUAGCGAGCCGCGGCUUGUUUCAACACUAACUGUAUCUGUCUGCUGCUAACUUAGGCAGAGAAGCAGACAGCCUCUUACUUACCCACACAAAAGCAGGAAAUGAUCUACUCAAACCUGCGCUUUAACCGUGACACGUUUCUGCACUAUUUAUUGAUCAAGUUUUCCAAAACAAACACUAUUAUCUCUGUGAGAGCGGGAGAUAGGGAUACAGUUAAAGAAAUUAUGAUGUCUGUGCAGUAGGCCUUUAUCGUUGCGUAUCGUGUCAUAAUUGUAUCGUAUCAGAUAUUUUCUCUGACAGAUUAGUCAUUCGGGUCAGGACAGUAAUUGCUACAAUAAGAUGUCGGUCUUUGGUCUGAAUGCUCGCUCUGUCGGGUGUGGGCGCGAUUACAUCAUAUCCUGUGUGCUGGUGAAUGAGUGUCGCUUCUGUCACAUGUAAAUGAGACAGGUACCACCUGUGUUGAAAGUUUGUGUCUGAGGAGGCUUAUCUCGUGGCCUUCGCAAGGGCAUCGGUUUCUAGCUUUGAGGAAGUUGAUGUGCACAAGACAUAAACUCAUAUGCCUCUUAACCAAUGCUGAGCCUGCCACGUCAAGAGCUUUUUGCUAAAUUCACUGUUAGUAUUGUGAAAUUGCAUGUGGUAUGUGAGAAAACCAGCCGAAUGGAAAAUGGCCAGGGUUCAGAUAAUACUGACACCAAACGUAGGGACAUCCAAAUUCCUAAUUUAAUUACCGAAAAGCUAAAACAACAUGUCUACUUGAGUUUUAUCAUUUGACAUACGCUGGUACAUUUUAUUAUUAUUAUUAUUAUUUUGCCUCUCCUUGACUUUCUAGGGUUGCUUAUUAAAUGAAUGACGGGCAACACUUGCAGUGCCUUUUGUUUAAGUACAGUAAGCUUGCACUGAAAUAGAAACGUGCAUUUAAUUUCAAGAAACAUUUUACAAUUAACAAGUUAAAGGUAUGUUGAUAUUUCGUGGUGGAGUUCCCUGUUUUGGAGUGACGUGUCUUUUUCAACAUACUACCAGUCUUACAGAUUGUAUUAUUUGUACUUGAUAGGUUACAUGGUCCCUUGUUGACCGAACAUUUUUUAUUAUAAAUGUGGGCUCUUAUGCAAUCCAGUCUACAUGUGUAAUAUAAAAAGGCACUGUUUCCCCACAAUAAACUACAAUAAGACUCUGUGAAGGUCCAGGGAAGAUGAGGUUUUCUGCUGACAGUAGUUGUAUGUUUUGGAAUCGACCCUAAGUGCCCUACAUGAAAAAAAAUCUUAUUUAAAAUCUUAUUUAAUCAGACAACCAAAACACUGUACAAUCUUAAGGUUUUGAUAUGCUGCACUUUCUUUCUUGCUUUCUUUUUUAAAGCUUCUCAAUUGUUUGAAUGUCUGAAGAUUAUUUAGAAACAGUAUAUUGGGUCACUGUUGGCAAUGUGAAAUUUAUUGUAAAUUUUAAAUCCAGGGCUAUUAAUAUGAGUAUUCUUGCAUUGUUUUAUGUUUGUUGAUAAAUCCUGCAAUGUUUUGUCAGAGGGUGAAUACAUCUUGGGACAUCUGUGGAAGUAAACCAUAAUGGAAAACAUUCACUUGUGAGAUAUUUAUGCAUAUUUAUUCUCAGCCACUGUGUAAUUUUUCAGGUUACUGAACAGCAAUUCUUAUUAUCACAGUAAACAGUGGUGUGUCCUCACAUUUACACAUUUAUAUUAAUUGGAUCAGCCGGUCGGUCUUGACUAGAUGCAACAAGUAUUAAACGACGAGAAACACACCAAAUGGUUUGAUAAUGGCAAUAUCAGUUGUUCUUAAAUCCUGUACCUAGUUUUCCCUACUGUUUUAGUUCUUUUGCAUUUUCUGAGCUGUUUGAUUCUGAAAUGUUUUCAAAAACAAAAAACCCAACUAUUGUGAUGUUUUGUUUUUGUUCUUAGUUUUUCUCUCAAUAAACACU